CCGCAGAGGAGCAGAGAGAGCAUUCCGCAUCUGUCCUCCUCUGACUCUCUCACCACCUCUUUUGUCUCUGAGUCGCAGGAAAAACUCGGACUUUUAUACCGCGGCUAAAUUUAGGGGGCUGUCCGGUACGCAGCGCCCCCAUCCUGGACGCGCUUCCUUCCCCCAGCUUCGCAUUGGUCCGAUUUGCUCUUCAAACAAUAUUUAUAAGAAAAUCUGCUCCUUCCAGACACACAGAUGCACAUGAGUGAAGAGCAGCAGCUCAUCGGACCGCAGAAGAAGCAACGAGCUCUCUAGAUAUUUUUUUCUGGAGACUCCGCGGACUCUGGUGAUUUCCUUGAAAACAGUAUUUAAGGAAGUUUUUUCUACUUUUUUUAUUUUAAAUAACGCAUGGAAAUGGCCUUGAGUGGGACCAUUUUACCAUCAAUCUCUACAUUUGCCAACCAAAAGGAGAAAUGUUGGGAAGAUAGGUGGAAGGGCUAUACGAGCGGCGUCGCGCUCAACAUGGACAGCAGCUUCCUCGGCAGAAAAGAUGAAGAGGACCUGGAUAAGUUCUUGGAUCUUGAGUUUAUUCUCUCUAACACCAGCGUGUGUGACAGUGCGUCAACUGCAGGUUCCGGGGCAGAGUCCUACCGGCUCCAGGAGUCCGGGGUGUCCGUGUAUCACCAGCAGCAGCAGCAGCAGCAGCACACCGGAAUGACCCAGCAGCCGGCCAAUUACGCAUCUGUCCCAGACAUGAACAGUCCUCCUCCCGUCUACAACAGCCUGAUGGCGGAGCUCCUUCGCUCCGACGUGGACACCAGCUUCCUCCCCGGGGAAAGUCCAAGCAUCCAGGGGAGAUUCCUCAUCAGCUCCGCGCCUUUCCAGACCACUCAGGAUUUAUACCCCGAGCAUCCAAACAUUAAAGUGGAGCCCGCUUCAAUGGACACGUACGGACCUGUCAUGGGUCUGGUGCCUCAGAGCUGCACCAAAGUCAAGCACGAGGGGAGCGUCUCGUGCAUGAUGUCGUACGAGGAGCAGCCGCGGCUGGCCAACUCCCCGCAGGCAGCGGUGGGCAGUAUGACGCCGCCUCUCAGCCCGGACGACCUGGUGAGCUCCGAGUGCCCCCAGACCCAGAUGUGCACCGCCACCUCGCUGACAUUCCCACAGAGCUUCCACCCCCACCACCGCUGCGCCUCCGCGGGAUUCCCACACCCGCACACGGGCAUGCAGCUCCCGUUCCCCGUGGCGCACCACCACCACCACCACCAGUUCCCCGGUAUGUUCGGGGAGGACGCAGCCAUGGGCAUGCAGCAGCCGGCGGCCGGACAGCGGGUCCUGCUCACCCCGCCGUCCUCCCCGCUGGAAAUGAUGGACACCAAGCCGAAGAGGGGUCGCCGGUCUUGGCCGAGGAAACGGACUGCGACGCACACGUGCACUUUCGCCGGCUGUGGGAAGACCUACACCAAGAGCUCCCACCUGAAGGCGCAUCUCAGGACGCACACAGGAGAGAAACCAUACCACUGCAGCUGGGAGGGUUGCGGCUGGAAGUUCGCUCGUUCCGAUGAGCUCACGCGUCACUUCCGGAAGCACACCGGACACCGGCCGUUCCAGUGUCACCUGUGUGAACGGGCCUUCUCCCGGUCCGACCAUCUCGCCCUGCACAUGAAGAGGCACAUGUGAGGAAAAGACCGCAAAAAAA